AUGCACUUUCUGUUCCCAUCUACAGGUGGUGCUCAUGAAGGUCUUCAACACUUGGGACCAUAUGGCAACAUCCCAAAUAUUGUGGCUGAACUGACAGGGGACAACAUUCCUAAAGAUUUCAGGGAAGAUAAAGGAUAUCCAAACCCUCCUAACCCAUGCCCUGUUGGAAAGACUGGUGAUGGUUGUUUGGAGAAUACACCAGACACAGCCCAGUUCAGCAAAGAAUACCAGCUGCACCAGAACCUAUAUGACCCAGAACACAACUAUCCAGGAGUAAAUAAGUGGAAUAAGAAGUUAUUGCUGGAGAAGAUUAAAGGGACAUCCCAGAGAAAGAAGAGGAUGGUGAAUCCAUACCUGCAGGGACAGAGACUGGACAAUGUUGUAGCCAAGAAGUCUGUUCCACAUUUCUCUGGUGAAGAAGAGGAAUAA